AUGUCGAAGCCUUUACAGCAGAAACAACACUUUAUUCCUUGGUUCCUCCUGAAAAGGUUCGCUCCGGCGGACCAGCCACCAGCGAGGCCGGCUGCUUCCCAAACUAGAGCUCGCCGUCGCGACCUUCUUCUCAACAAGGUCGACCUGGAGAGCUCUAUUCUGACCCAGCGGCCAGUGUCGACAGAGUUCACUCUCGUCGACAUGUACCGGGACCCUGGAUUUGACGAGAACCCCUACCAUUUGGAGGACAAGCUGUCGACGCUUGAAAGAGAAGCGAGUGAAAUCAUCAACAGAGUCGUCACUACAUUUGCGAGAUCACCGGUGCUUGAGCUCAAGCGGCCUGAGGUCGAUACUCUUCGCAAGUUCCUCUUCCUGAUGAAGUAUCGAAACAGGGGGAUGUUCGAGCGAUAUAACCACGACGACGCCCAGCACUACGACGCUGACGACCGGCCAAGAAUGCUGCAAUACAUGGCGGAAAGGGGGUUUACCAAGCCUCGAGAUGUGUGGUUUCAUAACUUGAACCAUAUGCUGGGUCUCGAGAUGGACACUGAGAGGACCUGGAGACAUACCCUCCGUGCCCAGAUCUAUCCGGACGACGCCUCGAUGUUUGAGCUGCACCUGCUGCACAGCUAUAUGUCAUUCUGUCAACCUCAGAAUGCCGAGGAAGAGUUUCUGCUAACUGAAAAUGCGUUUUGUAUCUUCGAGGGUCCUUCAACAGAGCAUAAUGAGGUUAUAUCCGGUAAGACGGAGACAUCCUCAGUCGUUUACACGGAGUAUCAUAAUUUCGCCCCGAUCUCCCCUCGACUUCUUAUCGUCCUACGAAGUGCAGUGCUGCCGAUCCCUGGUGAUAAUGGCAAGUAUGCAGAAAUCCGCAGCCAGAUUGCAGCGGUACUGCGCUCUCACCAUCUUGAGCCAGACGAGGCAGGAUCUAUACUAGAAGAUCUCCCCGUUCGCCCGUGCAAGACAGAUUAUGACCAGGGAGUUAUUGACUCUCCGGCCUCAUUCAGAAAGAAUGAUAGGUUCCUUUUCCUCUGCUUCAAGCUGUCUUCUGCACAUAUGACUACUAUUAACAAUAUAUUCCUCGAGCAAGCGUACUCCACUUCUUCGAUCAUCUAUCACUCGCCCGUGGCGCUUCGAGCAGCGGUGGAGAAUUAUUUCAAAGACAGCGACCCAUGCCUGAAACAUGUGGUUGACAUUCCUGGCGAUAGACGGCGCUCGUAUUUUGGCACGCUGGAGAAAAUACUUCGUGAUCUCGGCGGCUCAGCCAGAUGCAAGAUACACCCGUUCGAACUCUCAAAGGCGCGGAUACAAGUCCACAUGGCUAUGAAUGUUGGCUUUCUUGUCGGGGUUCGAUUGAUGGAACGCCAGAAGCCAGCUGGAUCUCUACCACAGGCAUAUACCCUAUUGAAGGAUGGAGCAACCUGGAAAACAUUUUGGGACGACGUCGACCAGGCGAGCCGGCUGAUGAUGCUAAGAACCAAGCUCGACGCUGCACUCAAGAGAUCCGGAUUAUCAGAUCGGGAGAAGUCUGCAUUCCGAGUCCAGAGAAAUACAUUUUUCACCUCGUUCCCGGUCGAGAGAUUGUGGCUGUAUUUCAAGAUUAUGCGGAAUAUGGGUCGGUGCGAUAUCGACGAUAUUGAAACUCGUACACCUGAACUUGAGCUUGAAGGCGUGGAGGAUAUGUUUGCUGAAGUUAUCUCGAGGUUCCCUCAAAUGAAAGGGGAUAUCGUGCGGAGGAUGUAUUUUGAAUCGCAGUCAUGA